AAAUUGUUCUCCUUUGCCGCCUUAAUAGCCGCUUUGGCCGUCGCUUGCGCUGACGUCUCCGAACUGGGUUACGGCUACCAGCAGCCUGCAGCUAGCGCUCCAUCUCGUUCAUACAUUCCGCCAGCGGCAUCUGCUCCUGCACCAGCCGUUGCUCCAGCUCCUGUCUUUGUUCCCGCUCCUGCUCCAGUGUAUCAGCCAGCUCCUGCACCAUCAGCUCCCGUCUCAUCCUACAUACCACCUGCACCGGCUGCCGCAGCACCUGAACCCGUUUACGCUCCAGCUCCAGCUGCCGCCGCUCCUGAACCAGUUUACCAGCCAGCUCCAGCUGCUUCUGAAGUGUAUGAGCAACCCGCACAGGAUGGCUACAGAUACCGCACCGUCCGUCGUCGUGUCUACAAGCAACGUCGUUUCUAA